AUGGAGUCUGAUCAUGCGGCUCGAGGUUUAAUCAAAGAUGUCACUUUGAAUAUAUUUUAUACAAAAAAGGCUCCGAAGGCAUCAGAUAUUUGGCAGAGAGAUGAUUGUAUUAAUCCAUGGAAGCAUCAAGAAUCAAAGAUAAGAUUCUUAGCGCAAGAACCGGUUCCAUUCGAAGCAGGUAAAAAGUUUUCAAUAGACGUCCAAGUUCCUGACGAACAGAAAAAUAUCUACUAUAUGAUAUACCUUGAAUCAGAAGACGGGGAAAAAAGUUAUCUUCGAUACAUCACGAUUCAAUGA